AUGGAGCAAUUCCUGUUCAUGAGCACUUCGGCGUUCGCCGUCUUCAUCCUUCUGCUCAUCUCUACCUCCAUUCCGUACACUUUUCUGCGAAACUGUUGUGUGUGAGUGGAGGGGAUUCCGAAUUGCACAUAAAAACCGCUGAUUUCCGUUCAGAAAUGCCUCGAAAACGUCGAUCUCAUUCCUGGGAUGCGCAUCGUGCGGCGUCUUCAUCGCCACGUGCUUCCUCGGCCUCGUUCCGCACGUCCGACAUCAGGAGAUGCAUCUGAGGGGAAAUCAGACGAUCGCGGAGACCUACGGAUGGAUUCCGUCCACCGAUCAGCUCGUGAUCAUCGGAUUCCUUAUCAUUCUGAUCACCGAGCAGGUAGACGACUUUUAGAAGACAUUUGAGCCCGAACUCUUGCAGAUAAUCCACGGAAUCGGACAUUCGAUCGGCGGUCAUUCGCACGGAGAGCAUCGGCCUUUGGCGACGGGCGAAUCGAUAAAAAUGAACAAGUUUCAUCAUGAUGUACGUGAAAUUUGAAAUUUAAAACAUUCCUGGAAUUGGAUUUGCAGCAGACUUGUCACGGGCCGGGUCUAUAUUUUUUUUCCAAUAGAAGCCUAUUUUAGUCUGGUUUUCAGGAAGAAGAGGGCGAAGAUCACGUGCCGCUGGUGGCGAUGGACGACGACGCCGACGACAUAAUCUUCCGGCAGAACUCUAGUCCGCACCAUCAUCCGUCCUCUUCGGGACACUGCCGCUCCUCGCCGCACGGCUCUUCGAUGAACAUCCGCGUGUGGUUCCUGUUGCUCGGAAUGUCCGUUCACUCGUUCUUGAAGGCGUCGCGCUCGGCGUUCAAAACGACACCAACGCCUUCUGGCAGAUUCUGAUCGCCGUCCUCUUCCACGAGGUUCUGUGCUGUGUCUCGUACGGAGUGCAGUUGGCGAAGCACAACGCGUCGAGAAAGUACGCGUGGACGUCUUCCAUAUUCCUGUCCGCCACGAUUCCAGCAGGAAUGGUACUGGCGACUAUGGUAGGGGAUCUCGGGAAGCUCGGAAAGUUCAAAUAAAACUUCAGAUCGAUGGAAUCGAGAAUGACAUGUGGCAGCGGAUGGGACGGUAUUGGCUGGAAGGACUGGCCGCCGGGACGUUCGUCCACGUGGCACUCGUCGAGUUGCUUCCGAUGGAAUUGCAUUCGGACGAGGACGGAGAAGGAGGGCACGGGCAUUCUCACGUGAGUCUCGGAUUGGACCACCUCUUGGGGGACCUAGACUUGAGAAUGAAACCUGCUGCAGAACUAGAAUCGGUUGAAAAUCGUUUCCUUGCAGAACGUGAUCGCAGACACCUCGUCUUCCCAUCCGAAAUCCGGCCACUCUCAUUGGAAUUCCUUCUUCAAAUCGCUCUUCGUCGCCGCCGGAAUCGCUCUGUUCGUAUUCAUCAAAUCUUUGAUCGGAGACCAUCAUUAA